GCCUUAUAUACAUUUAUGUUAUGUACGAGACACUUGAUAAUCGUCUACCUAUAUCUGAUAUCUGUAGGCGUGAUAUUCGUAUCGUAUUGGUCAAAUGUUAGUGCAAUGAAAGCGAUCAUAGCUUACAUGAGUAUACAAGAAUCAACUACUAGCAUACUCGACAAUAUAUUAUGCCUGAAUUUAUCGGACGUUCUCUAUAAUGGUCCAGGUCUUUUGAUUAUUCAAAACUACAUACUGCAAUGCCUGCUAGCCAGCGUCUUUUGUUAUAUACAUCUUGCCCCAAGGCAUCCCGUAAUUCAAAAGCUUCUUGUGCUGAGCUUUAUGUCACCGUCUAUCUUGGGGAUCCAUCCUUUACCGGUGCAAUAUCUGUAUCACGCGCCAGUAUGCGCUACUUUAAUUCCAUUGGCUGUGUGCAAAUUUGUCAUCUGGUAUAACGGUGUCUCUAUGUUAAGAACAAUCUACAUGGGAUAUCGGCACGCACGCAACUUUAUAAUCAAUUAUGGCUUAUCCGCUCUCGCGGAAACGGAAUGGAUGCGUCUGAACGUACCACGUGUACUUCGAACAUUUUGGACGUUGCGAGUGGGAGAACAAGUUAUUCAAAUCCUUGGAAAUCACUACGGCGAAGAAACGUUUAAUUAUUACGUAAUGAUUAAAACGCUGCUAGUAAAUGGAUGCGAAACAUUGACAGCUGUUCUCGGUAUGACCAGUAUAAUCUCAUUCAUCUGCCAUUAUAUUGGCUGUUUCUUCCAAUGGGUAUUGUUGACGGAAGACGAAGACGAGAAGAGCAUCGGCACGGUGUCCGCUAUAUUAUUCUAUAUUCUUGCCCUACAGACCGGAUUAACGAGUCUCGAUAGGGAGAAGCGUCUAGUGCGAUUGUAUCGUAACUUUUGUCUGUUGUUUACAGCAAUUUUACACUUUGUGCACAAUAUAGUGAAUCCACUCUUGAUGUCACUCAGUGCUUCUCACAAUCCGGCGCUACAUAGACAUUUGCGAGCUUUGACAGUCUGCGCUUUUCUAAUAUUUUUCCCGGUAUCUUUACUCGUGUUCCUCUGGUCCCACUUCACCGUGAGCACCUGGUUACUGGCCGUGUCGGUCUUCAGCAUCGAAGUGAUAGUCAAAGUACUGGUCUCACUGGCGAUUUACUCCCUGUUUCUGAUUGACGCGUACAGAAGCGCAUUCUGGGAACAAUUUGACGAUUGCGUGUACAUAAUAAGAUCAUUUGGCAAUACCGUGGAAUUUGCUUUUGGCAUUAUAUUAUUUUUCAAUGGUUUCUGGAUAUUGAUCUUUGAGUCUGGUGGAACUAUUCGCGCCGUCAUGAUGUGCAUACACGCCUAUUUUAAUAUCUGGUGCGAGGCGAAAGCCGGAUGGAGCGUGUUUAUGAAACGGCGGACGGCUGUGAACAAGAUCAAUUCGUUGCCGGAAGCAAACGCGGAGCAACUCGAACAGUUGGACGACGUUUGCGCGAUUUGCUAUCAGGAGAUGCAAAGCGCCAAGAUCACUCAAUGCAAUCAUUAUUUCCACGGAGUAUGCUUGCGAAAAUGGUUAUACGUCCAAGACCGAUGUCCUCUUUGCCACGAUAUACUCUAUAAAGUCGAAAAUAUGCAAAACAGGGACAAUAGUUCAGGCACUCUCGCGCCAGGUGUCGUCGACGAAAAUGAAAGGAACAAUAUCGAGGAUGGCGCGAUUGUACAAAUUAGACAAAAUUCGAAUGUGCAAUCUCGAGCAGAAUCAGAGCAAUCGAAUACAGCUGGCCGAGAAUUUCAAUCAAGAUAGGUGAAAUGCUUUCAACGUGGCUCUUUUAAUUUGUGAUACGAUCUAGAUACUAAAUUCUUUUUGAGGCUAACUUUGAUCUUGAAGCACAAAUCCUCGGAAUCUCGCUCAAAUCAAUAUCGUUGCUUGUAAAUUACAAUAUUAUUCGAGAUUGUAGCAAAACAUCAUAAAUUAUACUUGAUUAUCGCUCGUAGUCGAUAACAAGUCGAGUCUAUUCUCCAAUUUCUUAUAUAAAUAAAUUGCAAUCAUUGUUUUCGAAAGAAAGGAAAAUGAUCACACGCGAUAAUUAUUCCGCAACGGAAAAGUACUUGGCGUGUAGUCUCAAAAAUCUUUGGCUCUCUGCCGAUUCGAUAGAUAUACACUGUUAAAUGUAUUUUUGGAUCUUUGUUAUGCUAUAAAAAAUCAUUAGUAUAUAGUGACGCGCAAUGGCAUUCAUAUGCAUAAGCUUCCAUAUACAUGCCCUGGGUGUGCUUCCAUUUAUCUUAAUCAGGAUAUACCGACGUAUAUCAUGUUCGGUGUUUUAUCGAAUUAAAAGAUAGAAAGAGAAAGGGAGAAUGAGAGAGAGAGA